UAAAGUCAGCUGUAGAAAUAAGGUGAGGACAGUAAGCAAUGGAUUGUCAGGAUGACAAGGGAAGAAAGGAAAUAUUUUCCUAUCUCUUUGAUUGUACUUUGCCAUUUGAUAAGGAGUUACAUUAAAUUUCUAAUUAGUGCGAGAAAUACUGUGUUUUUUAUCCAAUUCCGCUUCACAUUGUUUCCAUUGUUGCGGAUAAAAAGAUUGAAAAAGCAUGUCGCAGCAUUGAGCUAACCUUCUAUUCUGUCUAGUUCCGUUGACAGCAUACCAAGUUGUCAAUCAGACAAUUCUCGGCGAAUAGUUGUUUACCUCCUCCUGGUGUAUUGGUUCGCUCAUUUGCGAUUUGCACAUAAAAUAUUUUGUUUCUAGUUGAUUACGGCAAAUCGUACAUGCUCUGACUGCUGAAAGUGUGUAGAAAACUGCAACGCAACAUGCAACGUGAAGAAAAACAGUUGGACAUGCUACUGGAAGCUGUCCUAAACAGACUAAACGAUCUGAAACAUUCGAUUGGGGUGAUGAUACACAGGCUAGAAACAGAAUACGAAACGAUCAACUGGCCUACGUUUUUGGACAAUUUCGCCUUAAUAUCCAGCCAUCUAACUGGUUUGAUGAAAAUACUCAGCACCGAAAUCGGAACGCCGCUUCGCAAUCUUACCGUGCUGCCGUUAAUGUUAACACCGGAACGGGAUGAAGCCUUGCUACAGCUAACAGAAGGCAGGGUGCCUAUAUUUUCACACGAUCUCGCUCCAGACUAUCUGCGAACGAAGCCAGAUCCGGGAGCAGAAAGUAGACAGGCGGCACAUGAAGCAAAGGCAAACAACCUAACCGUGGAGGCAAGCAUGAAACAGGUGGCACAGUACAAUAAGGUAAUAUCCCACGUUUGGGACAUCAUUAGCAAGGCGAAGGAGGACUGGGAGAAUGAAUCUUCUACAAGGCCCGGCAUACAGCAGACCAGUUCAAUGGCUGACACGCAAGCACUGGUGGCUGCCGUUGGGUUAGGCAAUGGUUUGACUGCCCCAGUAGGACCCCCAACUGGUGCGGGAGUCAUGAUUCCUCCGGCGAUCAGGCAAGGUUCACCAAUGAGUGCGGUAUCACCCUCUGGCAAUGCCCCAAUGGGCAAAAUGCCGUCAGGUAUAAAGACAAAUAUAAAGUCUGCUAAUCAGGUGCAUCCUUACCGUUAGAACAACUGUAAUUUUAAGUGCUCAUUUAGUUCAUAUCGAAAUAAACAUAAGUUUCUCUAUAA